CUGUUUGGAGAUCAGCUUCAGACAGAGCGGUUGCAUCAACCACACAGAACGGGGUUCCGGUCGGUACAGCUCUGCUACACUCAGCGCUAUGGCGGACGAGGUGGCCAAGGCGCAAACUGCAAAACCCGGGGGUGACACGAUCUUCGGCAAAAUCAUUCGUAAGGAGAUUCCUGCCAAAAUAAUACAUGAAGACGACCAGUGCAUAGCCUUCCAUGAUGUGGCUCCCCAGGCUCCUACUCACUUCCUGGUAGUUCCCAGGAAACCCAUUUCUCAGAUCUCAAAAGCUGAGGACAGUGAUGCAGCACUUCUAGGACAUUUGAUGAUUGUUGGCAAGAAGUGUGCUGAGCAGCUUGAAUUGCCCAAUGGUUACCGGAUGGUGUUGAAUGAAGGCCCUGACGGGGGUCAGUCUGUCUACCACGUCCACCUUCAUGUUCUGGGUGGCCGUCAGCUGGGCUGGCCUCCCGGUUAAGCAACUCCACAGACUCUACAGCAGAGUCAAUAAUGUCAGCAUUAUCCAGAGUUGUGCUGAUGUCAUCAAUAUCGUCAUCUUAAGUGAUCUAAUGCUAUUUUAAUCAGUGAAGAUGUAAUAUGGAAAAUCAAUAAACUCACUCACCAUCUAACA